AUCUUACUAAUAAAAAUAUUUUCUCAUAAAAGUGUUCUUAUACUUUUUAUUACUUACGUCAAAAUUUUAUUCCCUGUCUCUUUAUUCGUAACACAGCUAAGUAACUUUUCCAUAUUCAUUUAACUUUCUUUAGCUACGAGUUUAACAUUCACAUUUGUGACAAAAAGCUGUGUUGUCAUGCUCCCGAAAGCUUUCCUUUUUGCACUAGUUAUUAUAUAAUAGCAUUUAUACAACGUGCUUACAAAGAAAACGAAUUAUCUGUCUACAUAUACAUCCGUUACUAUUAUGAUAUAAAAGAAUAUCAGGAAAAAAAAAACAUAUUAUCAGACGGUCGGCGAGAGAGAUUUAUCACGUUCCUUUAUCUUCCCAUCUCCCUUUUGCAUUUCAGACUCCGCGGAAGCGACGUUAUUUGCUGUCUCAAGAGAAAGAGAUAUCUCUUAAGUAUAAUGCUCUUUGUGGCGACGCAAGAAAGGACGUCCCGACGUAAAGAGAGGAAGGGAAAAGAUCUCGAGAUCAUUAUUAGGACCAUAAUUUACAAAAGGCUGACAUGUACCGUUAUUACCGAAUUUCAUCUAUUAUCUCAUAUUAACUCUCUUAAUUCAUUAUAAAAUAUUUCCCACGUUUAUUUUCCUCUUAUGUUUGACAUUUCACAGACGACAGAAAACUUUUAUACAUUUCAAAGGAAACAAGAUUUUCACUUUCGGCAAAAAUGCUGCUUUAAUACACGUAAUAAUGUUACCGUUGUUGAUUCCCUCGUAACAAUAUUUAAAACCACGAAUAUAUCCUAAACAAGUACCUAAAAUUUUUUAAAUAUAAGAACAUAUAUACAUAAUUAUAUGUUCAAUUCCUUUAUCAAAUUUUUGUUUGGCGUUAAAAAAAGUAAUAAUCUUAAAAAGGCGAAAACUUGUGCAAGAAUAAUUUCAGCAUCGUUUCUCUUACAAAAAAGUUAAGUAUGAAGGAAAGCGAGAAAAGAAUCACCUAUACAUAAUCAUACAUAUGAUUAUGCGCGAUCUUUGUAUACGAAAAGAAUAAUUCUCGACGCCGGGCUAAUCUAACAUGACGGACAAAAAAAGAUUACGAACCCCCGAAGGGUAUAUCGGAACCCCUGACCACCCCCCGCGCUUUAUCCAGCCGAUCGUUGAGCGGCUCGUUGACUCCCGGCCGUCGGCGAUGACGGCGCGAUCUCGUCCUGGUUGACCUCGGCUGGGAGUCUCUAAUCCAUGAUUCCGCCUCCAUCGAGUCGGCCUCGAUGACGAGAACGAGCCCGGCUGCUGUCGGUUUGCCGACGGGCCCCCCCCCCUCCCUCUCUCUCCCCUCUCCCUUCUGCGUCACCCGUUUUCCCGGAUGGCCCCACGGAAACCGGACACACAAUGGGUCCGCUUCCGGCGCGCGCAAGGCCAGAGAGACACGUCGGACGUGGGGGACCCUUCCCCUCCCCCUCUCGUCUCUAUCCGCCCCCGCGCCCUCUACGCGUUGGGCCCCCUACGGCCCGCCGCUGCCGCCGCGCUCAUCGGGAACGACGCACGAUUUGCUCUCUGUCGUAUCUCGUUGUGUCGUCUCGCUUUUCUCUCUCCCCGCUACCCAGGUGUACAGGUGUCCAUUAUUUCCACGCUUUCCGCUGAUUUCGACCGUCAGUUUGAUUACGGAUGCCAUUCGCGCCGCACGCGUGAUUUCGGCGUGUACGCUCGCACGCCUCUUUCUCGCGCGCGAGACCGACCGACCGACCGACCGACCGACCGACGGGGGACGCGGGACAUAGAAUCGAGCAGCCCUUCGGGACCAACCGCCAGCACCAUCACCACCACCCGGGAAGGCCUCCCUUCGACUCGGCCUUCCUCGCAAGCCGCAAUCUCGCCGGAGGGUGCUCGCGACGGACGAGAGGGACUUGGGGGGAGGAGAGCUGUCCCUCCCGGAUUGUAGUAGGCGAUUGGCAUGUAUGCGACAAAGUAACCUGUACAUUUCAAUAUCACGAUGCGGAUAGUUCACAGAUCAAUUAGCAUGCUAUCAGUUAUUUGGAUAGUCAUCGUGUUAGAUCUAUUGACUAAUGUUUCAGCGCAAACGACCUGCAACGGGGGUUUGGGUAGGGUCGUUUACGAAAGACUUCCGGAUCAGCAGCUUCAGGGUUUCGACGACGAUGUGGUGCGAGAUUCGGCGCCUCCGUUUAGGGUCUUGGAGAAGUGUCAAGAGCUCUGCCUGCGCGACAGAACGGCGACGAACAAUCUGGUCCGCGCGUGUACGAGCUUCGACUUUCAGCCCGGCAGCAGAAUCGCGUCCUUCAGCGGUGCCGCCGAGUACGAGGAGAGUACUUGCUAUUUAACGAGAGAACAGGCGCAGCCGGAGGGCAUCGGAAAUCUCAUGCUCGUACCGAACAGCGUGCACUUCACCGAGGUGUGCCUAGCGUCCGACAGAAUAGAGAGGGAAUGUCCAAAUCGUCGUUACGUAUUCGAAAGGCAUCCGAGAAAGAAAUUGAAGCUACCCUUGACUGACAUCAAAGAAGUCAGCGCCGCUAACAGAACCGACUGCGAGGACAGAUGCCUCAACGAGUUCAGUUUCGUUUGUCGAUCGGCGACAUACGACACCGCCCUGAGGAGCUGUGCUCUCAGUCGCUUCACCAGACGAACUCAUCCCGAAUUACUAGAGGACGAUCCAAAUUCUGAUUAUCUGGAAAAUACCUGUCUAAACGCUGAAAGACGAUGCGACGGGCUCGCGGUGUUCGUCAAGGAAGAAAACAAACGUUUACGCGGCCCGUUUGAGGUGGAUAUAUACACGAAUCUCACUUUAGACGAAUGCCAGGCGCUGUGUCUCCGUGCGGAGAAAUAUUUCUGCCGCAGCGUCGAGUUUGACGAGCAAACUAGGCAGUGCGUCAUAUCCGAGGAAGAUUCCGUUUCACAGAAGGACGACAUUGGGCUUAGCAGCAGCCCGAGUCAUCACUUUUACGAUUUGGUCUGCUUGGAUAAUCAUCCGUCCGUAGCGCGCGGCUCCGAAUACCCGGACAGCAGCUCGUCGUCGCCCUUUUUCUCGGACGGCCGCCGUCCGGACACGGCCUUCCAGCGUUACCGGAACUCGCGUCUGAGCGGCGAGUUCCACUCGGAGAUCACCGGGCGCAGUUUGAGCGAGUGCCUGGACGAGUGCCUGCGGCAGACGAGCUUCCAGUGCCGUAGCGCCGUCUACUCCGAGCACUAUCACACCUGCCGAUUGAGCCGGUUCAAUCAAAGGGACGGCAACCGGAUUAUCUACGACGCUGAUUACGACUAUUACGAGAAUCUCAUGCAUCAAUAUCUAGACGGCGAUCGUGAUGGUCCUGGCUACAAACCGGAUCCCCUGGGGCAGGACACAAACUUUGGACGACCCUCUUUAGGAAGACCCGGAUACCCGGACGAUUACGACAAAGGAUAUUCGAGUAGCGUCAAACCGGAUCGUUAUCCCGAUCGUUAUCCAGACCGUAUGCCGGAUCGUUAUCCCGAUCGUUAUCCCGACCGCUAUCCCGACCGUUAUCCAGACCGCUAUCCAGACCGAUAUCCUGAUCGUCGUCCCUUAGAUAGAUAUCCGGAUAAUAAGUAUCCUUUAGACGAUUCCGACAAUUAUCCCGAUCGAUAUCCUUCCGGUGAUCGAUAUCCCGACAGGUAUCCAGCUGGAGAUCGUUAUCCCGCCGAUCGUAUUCCCACAGAUCGUUAUCCUGCGGAUCGUAUUCCCACAGAUCGUUAUCCUGCGGAUCGUAUUCCCCCAGAUCGUUAUCCCGCGGAUCGUUAUCCCGCGGAUCGUUAUCCCGCGGAUCGUUAUCCUGCAGAUCGUUAUCCCGCAGAUCGAUAUCCUAAUAGAGUAGGAGAUCGUCGUCCCCUCAAUGGCGUCAACAGAUAUCCUGAUGCCGGAACUUUGGGAAGAUAUCCUACAAAUCCUGUAUCAUACGGAGUCCGAUUGACCCCAAGCCGAUAUCCUACUGAUAUGCUCGAUCGAUAUCCUAAUGCAAUUGACCGGUAUCCUUAUCCAGAAGAUCCGAUGGACCGAUAUCCCAUGGACCGAUAUCCUGCGGACCGAUAUCCUAUGGAUCGAUAUCCAUUAGGCGAUAGAACUCCCCUCGAUCGCUAUCCUGGCAGAUAUCCGGACAAGGAUCCUUAUGCCAGCCGCAGGUAUCCGCCGCCGGGAAUGUACGGAUACACCGAUGACGUGCGCGGUCCCGAGCCGCGACCCCAUUAUGGCGGCGGGCCUUACGGUCCGACGCGGCCGGCCGCAGGAUAUCCACCGGGAUACAGCGACGGCGGUAUCGUCGGUGGCGGAUACAUCGGCGAGGGCGGCGUUUACAACCCCCGUCCGUUUGGAAACGCCGGCGGGCCUAUUAUAGGCAGGCCACCGCUGGUGUCCAGGUGCGACGAGCAGGACAACUUCAGGCAGGUCGGCACUCACACCCGGGUGCGGAAGCCGUUCGUCAGACGGUACACCACUGCCUCGUCGUUGGCUCAGUGCGAGAGGGAAUGCGCCGACGCCCGAGACUUCGUUUGCAGGUCCUUCAACUACCGGCCGUACGCCGCGCCUUACGGGGCCGAGAGGGACAACUGCGAGCUCAGCGACCGGGACUCAAGGGACAUGGACAUGGGCAAUCCGGUUUAUUACGACUCGGGCUCCGAUUACGACUUCUACGAGAGGAACAACGGCCGCCAGGGCGCGGACGGGGAAUGUCUGGACGUGAGUCAGGUCUGCAGCGAGGACGGAAUGGAGUUUACUCUGAGGACGCCGGAGGGAUUCAUCGGGCGAAUUUACACGUACGGAUACUAUGACCGGUGCUUCUUCCGCGGCAGCGGCGGGACCGUGAACGUGCUCCGCAUCAGCGGGCCCCAGGGAUACCCCGAGUGCGGCACGCAGCGGUACGGCGACACGAUGACGAACAUCGUGGUGGUGCAGUUUUCGGACUACGUGCAGACCGGCCGGGACAAACGGUUCAACCUGACGUGCAUGUUCCGGGGGCCCGGCGAAGCUGUCGUCACAUCCGGCUACAUCGGUGCCGGGUAUGCCAGAUCAGGGUCUCCCAUUCCCAUCGAGUAUCUCCCAGCGGAAAACACCCUGAGCUCCAGAGUGCGCCUGAUGAUUCUCUAUCAGGGUAGACCUACGACGACCAUCGCCGUCGGCGACCCGCUCACCUUCAGACUCGAGGCUCAGGACGGGUACAAUUACGUAACGGAUAUAUUUGCUACCAACGUUAUCGCAAGAGAUCCUUACUCUGGCAGAAGUGUUCAACUCAUCGACCGAUACGGGUGCCCGGUGGACAACUACGUGUUUCCGGGAUUGGAUCGCAUUCGCGAGGGGGACAGCCUCGAGGCCCGUUUCAACGCCUUCAAAAUACCCGAAUCGAAUUUCCUGGUGUUCGAGGCGAACGUGCGGACGUGCCGGGACGGCUGCCAGCCGGCGUACUGCUCCGGCGGUACCGGCAGAAGCGAGCCGUCCUUCGGCAGGCGGCGUAGGGACGUGAACGACACGGUGCCGAGCGAGGACGAGGUGUCGCCGGCAACGGCGACGGACGGCGACUCCGGCAAUGCGACGACGAUCCUCAACGCGACCGACGCUGCGGACAACGAGCUGGACGACGAGGAGGAGGAAGAGCACGUCAGGGAGAUGAUAGAGGUUCUCGACUCGAGAAUGGAUAUUGAGGAAGACACCGUGGUCGAGAGACAAACUAAAACCUUGGACAAUAUUUGUGUAACGCAGAACGAGUACUACGGGUUGGUUACCGCAGUUGGUAUCCUCGUCGUCCUCUUGGCGUCCGUUGUUCUGUUGUCUAUGCUCGUUUACAGGAAAUACGUUUACUCCGUGAUCAUGAAAAAUCGUAGACUCGACAAAACCUGCAAUCGUAGCAGCCAUUCCGACGAGCAUUACAGCAGCCGGGUCAACAACUUUUCUUUCAUGAGGGCAGGUCUUCAGAAACCGUUUCAGGCGUCAUCGAUCUCGAGAUCCAUCAGCCAACGUCUCGCCUCGUCGUCCAACGCUCUGGAGGGUGCUGUGGGUUUAGCCACCGGCCGGCGUGGCGGUUUCGACCCGAGCGAGCCGAUCUACACCGAUCCCUCGCUCUUCGAGGUUACCCCUUGCUCGAACGCCGCGAAGUCGCCCCUCGGCGACAACUUUCAUUUUAUGUAGACAAAAUACGCGAGGAGAUUGAACCUGAAAAUGCGUAAGCGCGAACGAUCCCCGCUUUAUUUAUUUACUUUAAUGAGAGUACACGAAACCGACUAACGAUUACCGAUCCGCGACCGCAAAUCAGCAUCCGAUACAAUCUGUUCUGACACUAGUCAAUAAUCCACUGCCAAUCACCCUGCCUGAGGACUGUCGAGCAUUUAUCAAUGAUGCUUCAAACGAAUUCCGAAUAAUCCGGAUCGAUUUUAAUUGUCGAAAUAAUUAUUCUAAAUUAGAAUUUACGUUUAUAUAUAAUAUUAUCUACUAAUAUAAUUAAGAGGCUAAGAGGAUAUUGCUUUAUAAAAAUAUUUCCUAAAGAUGCAGAAUCGGCAUCUAUCGUUUUCCUCAAAAGACAUUCCAAAAGUGACUGCAAAAUAGCUCAUAAUUUAAUGUAGAAAUUUAAGUUUCAAAUAAUCAAGGGCAUUCUAGCAAUAAGACGCAAAGAAAACUCGUAAUAUAUUUAAUUUUAACGAUAAUAAGAUAAAAUGAUAAAUUUAUUGUUUCAAGACCAAAAAUAUAUUCGACACGCAAUUUGAUGAACAUGAAAAUGUAUAUAAAAUUACAUGAAAAACAUCAGCACUAAAAGAUCCAGUAUUUUUUAAUAUUUUUUUUUAAUUUGGAAAGAGUAAACGAGUUCUCUGUGCUCUUAUAUUUUAACAAAAAAAAAUUGACUGAUUCAGACAUACGAACACCACGUCAACAUCGAAACACUUUUCUUUUAUACUAUUUUCAUAAUAUUGUCGGCUCUCCGUCGCGUAUGUAUUUAUCAAAACUCUCAUAACAUUCGUCACAAGCCAAAUAACAUCGCAUAACGCAAUAGUUAUUAAUUAUUAGCAAGUAAAAUCAUCCGAAGGUUCAUAUUUAUUAUGAUAUCCUAAUAUUGCAUUUAUAAGAAUUAAAUUGGUAUUAUAUAGACA